UAUACCGGGUGUCAGCGUAAGGUUAUCUCUGAUUUCGUCUCAAUUACAUGCGAUUGCAUCGAUAUUUCCAAGUGCUAACUUCAAUUAAUUCAAUUUCUCGCUUCUGUUUGCAUUGUGAACGAGAUGAUAAUCGAGAAAGUAACGCGAAUCAAUGGCCCGAAUUAUCUUACAAAGCGAUAUAGUAUCAACAAGAACUGAAAUCGGCCACAAAUUAUUCAGACGUACUCUCGGAGUGACAUUGUCGAGUAUCGAAUGCGAUUCCAAUCGUCACUAUGGCUGCUACCGCGUACAAUUGAAAAUAAGUUCAUUUCCUGAGAUUCCUGUGAUUUUGUUACACGAAUAAUGAAUAAUGAAAAUACCUACAGAUAUAUUAAAAAAUUCUUUCCUAAUAAUUAAAUAUUUUGUACACGAUAAACAUACAAGUUCUAUAAGGUCUGUUCUUUACUACACCUCAAUUUUUCGAUAGAUACGGCAGCGGCUCGUAGCGGAGACUCCGAAACUAACAAAAAGACCGGGCACGUGGCCAUUUAACGUGUGAGACGCAUGUAAAUUUUUGUUUAUGUCGUUUUUGUUACAUAUGUUGAGUAAUUAUUAAAUUUGUGAGUUAUUUAUAUAACUUAAGGGAAACAACAUAUUACUGACAUAAUGGCAAAAUCACGAGCUACCAAUAAACCUCCGCGGAAGGAGGGUUUCAAUCGUUCAGGACAUAGCAUGAAUCCCGAACGUCCCACGGAAGGACUGAAAGGUGUCGCUAAGGUACGAACUAAAGCAACCAUCAAGAGGCUGCAGAUGUAUCGUAAUCAAAAACCAAAACGUAAUCGUGUUGGCAAAAUCAUUAGUCCUGCGCCAUUUCAAGGUUGGAACAAGUCUGGGACUAUGUCGCGUGUGGAGCCAUCUCAAAGAUGGUUUGGCAACUCACGAGUCAUUUCACAGAACGCUUUACAGAAAUUCCAGGCUGAAUUAGGCGCAGCUAUGAAGGAUCCCUACAAAGUGGUUAUGAAACCCACUCAAUUGCCUGUGACUUUACUUCAGCAGAAAGCAGCGAAUGCCAGAGUACAUCUGUUGGAUACGGAGAGUUUCGAGAGCGUCUUCGGUCCGAAAAAGGUCAGGAAGAGGCCUAAUUUAAUGGUGACUUCAUACAACGAGCUGCAAAAAUUAGCCGAGGAGAAAGAAGACACUUACAGCAAGGACAAAGACACGAAAGAUCAUGAUCUUAUUCGCGAGGACACGGGCGUGAAGGAUGCGCAGAGAGACUGGGUGAUGGCAGCGGGACAAAGCAAGAGGAUAUGGAACGAACUGUACAAGGUCAUCGAUUCCUCCGAUGUUGUCCUACAGAUAUUGGAUGCGAGAGACCCGUUAGGCACUAGAUCUCCGCCUGUGGAGAAAUACUUGAAGACUGAGAAAUCUUACAAGCACCUGAUAUUCAUUUUAAAUAAAGUGGAUUUGGUGCCGACCUGGGUCACACAGAGAUGGGUGGCUAUUCUGAGUAAAGAAUAUCCAACGGUCGCCUUCCACGCCUCUCUGACGCAUCCUUUCGGUAAGGGCUCCUUGAUCAAUCUGCUGAGACAGUUCGCUAAAUUGCACGUCGACAAGAAGCAGAUCAGCGUGGGUUUCAUAGGAUAUCCCAACACGGGAAAGAGCUCCAUCAUAAACACCCUGCGCUCCAAGAAGGUCUGCAAGGUAGCGCCUAUCGCCGGCGAAACAAAGGUGUGGCAAUACAUAACUCUGAUGCGCCGCAUCUAUCUGAUAGACUGUCCCGGUGUCGUUUAUCCGUCGGCGGAAACCGAUACGGAAAAGGUGUUGAAAGGGGUCGUGAGAGUGGAACUCGUUCAGAACCCGGAGGAUUACGUGUCCUCCGUUUUGGAGAGAGUGAAGCCCGAGUACAUGCGUAAAACUUACAAGAUCGAAGAGUGGGAAGAUCACGUUGAUUUCUUGGAGAAGUUGGCGCGUCGAACAGGCAAGCUCUUGAAGAAGGGGGAACCUGACGUCACGAUCGCCGCGCGUAUGGUGCUGAACGAUUGGCAACGCGGUAAAUUGCCGUUUUACGUUCCACCAAUAGGUUUCGAGGAACCGUUAUCUAAGCAGCAAGUAACCAGCAAUAAAACGCGAGAUGAUAAUACGGCAGAAGCUAUCGAUAACGGGGAGAUAGGAAAGGUUGAUAAUUCAUCUAAGCAGGAACCGGUAAACAAUCAGAUAACGGUAAUGCAAAACUUUAAGAAAAUUCGCGUCGGUUUGCUAUAUUCCGGCGACGACGUGAGAAAUGACCUCUACGCGGAUCAAUCUCUCGAGGUAGAAGAUGAAAAUAGCACAGAGAGCGAAUCGGCGGAUGAAUCGGAAUUGAAGGAUAGCUCGCGUACAACGGAAGACAAAUCAAACGUAAAUCCGCAAGAACCGAACAAUUCGAAUAAUUUGGAAGAUAAAAAAUGUUAUGAGACUGAAGGUAAGAAGAGCAAAGAUGAUGUUGAAAAGAACGACGGGAAUGUAGAGAGAAAAGUGUCGGCGGGAGGAGACGAUAAUGAGUGUUCUGAUGCGGAGAUUCAUUUGCCUGUCGAACAAGAUAAUCUGAAGCAGAGUGUGUUCGACAUCGUGGACAAGAAUUACGAUUCCAGCGACAGUGAGACCACCAGGAUGGAAUGUAGCAGCGGCACAUUCGUCGUCUCAUCGGUGCGCUCCGUGGGAAGUGCGAAAACGUCGGAGAAAAAAUUAACGAGUAAACAGCGAAGAGCCAUAGAACGCGCCGACAGGAGGAAAAAGGUCGGGAGCAAUUUCUACGAAGUCAUGAAUGUGAAGAACAGGAAUAGAAACAGGAAAAUCCCCAAGGUCAAGAGGAAAUAAUAGUUUCGUCAAAAGGUGAUUCUGCGUUUAGGCUUGUAGCAGUCGUGAGGAUUUGUACAUAGCAAAAGUACACAGUACUCUUGUACAUAUGGUAUAAAAAAAAAAUACACAUUUUUUUUCUUAUA